AUGUCGGAUCUAUCCGCCGCAGACCGUCCCUUUGACAACAUCAUCAACUUCCGUGACGUGGGGAAGUCGAUUAACGGGCUUACCGGGAGGAGAAUAUUGAAAGAGGGUGUUCUGUUCCGCAGUGCGAGACUCGACGACGCCUCCGAACGAGACAAGCGCCGGUUAAGCAAUGAGCUGCACAUUUCGACGGUCAUCGACUUGCGCUCUGUGUACUUUCCCUUAAGCCCCUUGAAUCAGGCUACAAGGACUGAUCAAGAAAACAGGACGGAACACCGCAUGGCUGCCCAAAGGCGACGCGAACAACAUCCCUUCCCCCAACCAACCCAAGAACAUUCAGCAUCAGAAACAGGACCAGACGAACAAUCAAACCUAAUGGAAGAUGACUACACCCACCUUGACACCCUCCUGGGCAUCAACCGCGUGCUCAUCUCGCUAACCGGAAAGGCAUGGGAGCGGUCGCUGAUAUGGAGAUUGGAUUGGGUGAAUUUUUUUAAGGUGCUGGGUCUCUCGGCUUCAGGCUAUCGAACCGAAGCUGUGAAAAUCGUCGUGCAGGAGGUUAUGGCUCCGCGAGGUCUUAUUGGGCUUGGACAGGAUACGUUGGAUUACAGUACUUCUGAGAUAAGGGAGAUGUUUGAUUUAUUGGCUGGGGAACAUACUCCUGCCACUGAUGACACUGACAACGAUGAAAACGAAAAGGAUGGUGGGGAGGUACUCCCUCUUCUCCUGCACUGCACUCAAGGGAAAGACCGUACGGGCAUAAUCAUUCUUCUUCUACUGCUUUUGACACAUGUUCCCGAGGAUGCUAUUUCAGAUGAUUACGUGCGUUCUGAGUCGGAGUUGGUGGUUGAGGCUGAGGAGCGGUUGAAGGAGAUUCGGGCGAUGGGGAUUCCUGAGGAGUAUAUCAAGUGUCCUGCUGGAUUUACGGGUGCGAUUCGCGGGUAUCUGGGAGAGAGGUAUGGAGGUGUUGAAGGGUAUUUGGAGAUCGUGGGAGUUGGCAAGGAGACACAAAACAAGAUCAAGGAGAGGUUACUUGCGUAG